AUGAGGUUUAUUACUGUCACUUCCGUUGCUUGCCUUGUGGCUUCUGCUGCCGCAUUCGAGUACCCUGACUUUGUCCCCCUGAACAAGCGUCAGGAACCUGGCACCCCUCAGUAUGAGUGCCAUGCGAACUGCGGCGGCAUAAUCACCGCAUCACGCUCGGACGGCUACUGCGACUCCAGCGACUUUAAGAGUAUGUUCAAUGACUGUAUGAACUGCGCUCUCGAGUACGACAUCUGGAAGUACUACGGCAACUCAGUCUCGUCGGCGGCUGAGAACUGCGGGCUUGACGCGACCCCAGUACAGCCAUCCUCGUCGAGCGCGUCUACCGCCACGAGCACUUCCACUGCCACGGAGACCGAGACCGAGGCCGAGUCAACCAGUACUGUCACGGAAUCCGACACUGAGACGGAGACUAUCUCAUCGACCGAGACAUCGACCGACUCGACAACUGUGAGCUCCACUCCUGUUAUACCGACGGUGACAACCACUACGACCCCUACGUCCUCGGAGGGCGCGGCCUCAGGCACACCGACCCCAUCAAACCCCGAGUUCACUGGUGGCGCUAGCUCCAACGCUCCGGCUGGGUUGUUCAUGGGCGGGCUCGUUGGAUCUUUCGUGGCUGCUCUGAUGGUUUAG